AUGUCCGAUUCCGAAACCGACCUAAUCCGCAACCAGAAGCACAACCUGCCGCUGCUCGUCACACCAGAGCUCUGCGCCGGCAGGACGUACAUCGUCACGGGCGCCAACACGGGCCUGGGCUUCGAAGCAGCCAAGCACCUUGCCAAGGUCGGCGCGGCCAAGGUCAUCCUGGCCGUGCGCAACCAGGCCGCCGGCGAGCAGGCCAAGCGCGACAUCGACGAGGCCGCGGGCGCGGCCGGCAGCAGCAGCGUCGUCGAGGUGUGGCAGCUCGACUUGGCGAGCUACGACAGCGUGCGGGCGUUCGCGCGGCGCGCCGCCGCCGAGCUGGACCGCAUCGACGCGCUGAUCGAGAACGCGGGAGUCGCGCUCGGCGCGCGCGAGAUGGCCGAGGGCCACAUCAAGUCCGUCACGGUCAACGUCAUCAGCACCUUUCUGCUGGCCGUGCUGCUGCUGCCCGAGAUGCGCAAGAAGGCGAAGCUGGUGGCGGACUGCCAGCCGAGGAUCGUGAUUGUCGCCAGCAGGGUCGGGUUUAUCCAGCCCAUGGAGCUGUGGGAGAAGAUCAAGGACGACCCGAUCAAGGGCAUGGACGCAGAGGAUUUUGUGCCGUUCCGAACCUACCCCUUCUCCAAGCUGACCGAGAUCUUCGCCGGCCGCCACCUCGCCCGCGAGGUGGUCCCCUUCGAGAAGACAGGCAUCAUCCUGAAUCUCGUCUGCCCGGGUUUCUGCGUCACCAACCUCGCGCGUAACGCCCCGCCCAACAUCAAGCAGGGCAUCCGCGAGCAGCACGAAAAAUACGGGCGGACCGCCGACGACGGCAGCCGCCCGAUCCUGCACGGCGCGGUCGCCGGCGUCGAGAGCCACGGCAAGCUUCUUCAUUCCUGCGAGGAUGGCGAGCCCGACGUCCCCGACUGGGUGAAGAACGACCUGGAGCAGCAGAAGCGCGUGUGGGAGCUCGUUGCCAAGGAGCUGGAGGCCGUCGAGCCGGGCAGCGUGAGCAGACUGCAGGAGGUGGCCUAG